UGCCCUACAAGAGCGCCAAUCGGCUGAACUGCGCAUGCGCAGCCCCGUGUCAUUCGCUUAGCUUAGCUUAGCUUAGCCUGACAGGAGCACAGUGCCGGGGAAGAAGGUGCUGUUAGUUAGCUACAUGCUAUUUCAAGGAGCUCCGCGUUUGUUUUAACUGGAUAUACGUCGUUAACAAUGAGGAAGGACGUAAGGAUUUUACUAGUCGGUGAACCUAAAGUGGGGAAGACGUCACUGAUCAUGUCACUGGUCAGUGAAGAAUUCCCUGAUGAGGUCCCGAUGCGUGCUGAGGAGAUCACCAUUCCUGCUGACGUCACCCCUGAGAGAGUGCCGACACACAUCGUGGACUACUCAGAAGCAGAGCAGUCAGAUGAACAGCUGUACCAAGAAAUAUCUAAGGCAAACGUCAUUUGCAUAGUGUACUCAGUAAACAACAAAAAAUCUAUUGAGAAGGUGACAAGCCACUGGAUUCCCCUCAUCAAUGACAGAACAGACAAGGACAGCAGAGUGCCCCUGAUUCUUGUCGGGAAUAAGUCAGACCUGGUGGAUCACAGCAGCAUGGAGACCAUUCUCCCCAUCAUGAACCAGUACUCAGAAAUUGAGACCUGUGUUGAGUGUUCUGCAAAAAACCUGAAGAAUAUCUCUGAGUUGUUCUACUACGCCCAGAAGGCCGUUUUACACCCUACAGGCCCCCUGUACUGCCCGGAGGAAAAGGAGAUGAAGCCUUCUUGCAUCAAAGCGCUUACUCGCAUCUUCAAAAUAUCUGAUCUGGACAACGAUGGCAUUCUCAAUGACCAUGAGCUCAAUUUCUUCCAAAGGACCUGUUUUAACAUGCCGCUUGCUCCCCAAGCGUUGGAGGACGUGAAAAAUGUUGUGCGGCGAAACAUGACUGACGGCGUGAGGGACAACGGCCUCACUCUUAAAGGUUUCUUGUUCCUACACACUCUCUUUAUUCAGAGAGGGAGGCAUGAGACCACGUGGACUGUGCUCCGAAGGUUUGGCUAUGAUGACGACCUGGAACUCACCCAGGAAUACCUGUUUCCCCUGUUAAAAAUACCUCCGAACUGCACCACAGAGCUGAACCACAAUGCUUACCUCUUCCUGCAGAGUGUCUUUGACAAGCAUGACAAGGAUCGAGACUGUGCGUUGUCUCCGGAUGAGCUGAAAGAUCUGUUUAAAGUCUUCCCCUACAUGCCCUGGGGCCCUGACGUCAACAAUACAGUGUACACCAAUGACCAGGGCUGGAUCACCUACCAGGGCUACCUGUCCCAGUGGACGCUAACAACAUACCUGGAUGUACAGCGCUGCUUGGAGUAUCUGGGUUACCUUGGUUACUCUAUCAUUCAUGAACAGGACUCACAGGCUGCUGCCAUCACAAUUACCAGGAACAAGCACAUUGACCUGCAGAAGAAGCAGACCCAGCGCAAUGUGUUCCGGUGUAACGUCCUGGGAGCACGUGGCAGUGGCAAGAGUGGCUUCCUGCAGGCCUUUCUGGGCAGGAACUUGGCUAGGCAAAUGCGGAUUAGGGAAGACCACAAAUCCUACUACGCCAUCAGCACCACAUAUGUCUAUGGACAAGAGAAGUACUUGCUUCUGCAUGAGGUUCUCCCAGACUUUGAGUUCCUCUCAGAGUCAGAUCUGGCCUGUGAUGUUGUCUGUCUUGUGUAUGACAUCAGUAAUCCUCGCUCUUUUGAAUACUGCGCAAAGGCCUAUAAGAAAUACUUCAUGGACAGCAAGACUCCAUGUAUGAUGAUCGCCGCCAAGUCAGACCUGCAUGAGGUUCGCCAACACUACAGUGCAUCUCCUCUGGACUUCUGCAGGAGGCACAAGCUGCACCCGCCGCAGCAGUUCACCUGUAACACAGCUGAAGCGCCCAGCAGAGACAUCUACACCAAACUCACCACCAUGGCCAUGUAUCCCCACGCCAAGCUCCGCUGCAUGUGUGCCUGCAACAGGUGCACUUUUUGCAUCAGUCAGAACCUGCUGAACAGUGAGCUCCUGCGUUCGGUCAGGGCCAAACUCUACAGUGUCAUUGUGAACAGACACAUGACCCAGGCUGACCUGAAGAACUCCACAUUCUGGCUGCGAGCCAGCGUUGGAGCCACAGUAUUCGCAGUGUUAGGCUUUGCCAUGUACAAAGCUCUCCUCAAGCACCGGUGAUCAGUAACAGGCAGCAUGCGACUGCAAUCCUCUAUCCAGCGAAAAACUCUUCUACUUCCCUCCAACCCAGUCAUUCCCCUUUAAGAGAAAGCUAGUAGUAUCAUGAUGGAUAGCUAUAUUUUAUAUAUUUGAACCGACAUGCAUCCAUGCAACCAUUUUUCUCUUCGGGAGUUUUGAUUUGAACCUGUGCUCUUAUAUGAAAUGUCUUGUGUGUCAGCUGUGGUUGAAUGCUACAGAUGGCUCUUGCCAUAGAUGGACUGGUUUUAAAUUGACAUUAUUUUUCCUCAGAUCAGUAUUAGCAGGUGUGACUUCUAUCAGACGGUCCAUGCAGAGGCACGAGAGGAUGGAACGCUUUGUUUAUAAAUGUAAAUAUUGCUGAAGAAUACAUACAGCUUCGGCGAACAAAAGGCAGUACAGAACUCGUAUGCAUGCACGUAACGGAUGAUGCACAGAAACCAAGCCAUUUCUCACUUGUAUAGGUCAUUAUGCUUCGAGCACAUUUCAGCUGUAAUAAUUUAUCGUCAUGUUUGUCAGUCAAAAUGUUCUGUUUGACCUUGCAUGCAGCCGACACUAUACAAGGGAGUUUUUUUAAUUAUAUGGUUUGUUUUUAUAUUUAUGAUUUGCUUGUUUGCCCUUGACCCCCACAGACACACUAAUGCAGCGAAAGCUGGCUAUGAGCUUCACUGCAAUGUUGACAAGAUCACAAGAAAGAGCCCAAGUGUAGAUUCUGUGGUCAGGUCAAUGGGACACGGUCUCUAUGAGAACUCUGUUGAUAGGCUCCACAUUAUUAUCUGUAUUAAUAAAUACUACUACUACUACCACUGCACCUAUUUUGUUUGAUUAAUGGCGCAUUGUAUUAUUCACUGCAAAACUCCCAUGAAGCUGUUGUACUCAUUUCUGACCUUUCGAACAUUUACAAUAAACUGUGUGAUUAUA